AUGGGAAAGAUCACCUUCUAUGAGGACCGGGGCUUCCAGGGUCACUGCUAUGAGUGCAGCAGCGACUGUCCCAACCUGCAGAUCUACUUCAGCCGCUGCAACUCCAUCCGGGUGGACAGCGGUUGCUGGAUGCUCUAUGAGCGUCCCAACUACCAGGGGCACCAGUACUUCCUGCGCCGGGGCGAGUACCCCAACUACCAGCAGUGGAUGGGCCUUAACGACUCGAUCCGCUCCUGCCACCUCAUCCCCCAGCACUCCGGCACUUACAGAAUGAAGAUAUACGAGAGAGAGGAAUUCAGAGGACAAAUGACAGAAGUCACAGAUGACUGUCUCUCUCUUCAGGACCGCUUCCACCUCAAUGAAAUCCACUCCCUCAACGUGCUGGAGGGCUGCUGGGUCCUCUAUGAGCUGCCCAGCUACCGGGGGCGGCAGUACCUGCUGAGGCCGGGGGAGUACAGGAGAUAUCUUGACUGGGGGGCCAUGAAUGCCAAAGUUGGUUCUUUUAGACGAGCCAUGGAUAUUUACUGAAAUGUUUAAAUUCUCCAUUUUUCUCCUUUAGAAUCUAUUAAAACAUUGAGCUUGUGUUUCUGGCA